CACAUAAAGAGGAUUUCAGUUCAGUUUUGCAUCUUUUGCUGUGAGAAUGCCCAUUUUUGCCUCCGCUAUAAAACUGCCAUUUAGGACAUUAUACUUGAAUACUUCCCCCCAUUUGACACUCUGUUUUAGUUCUCACCAGUAUCGAUCAUAAAUAUAUUCUCCUUCUAGGCUGUUUCGUUUUUGGUGCAAUAUUUGUGGUCGUGAAAAGAAAAAGGAGAGGAAAUGUGAGAGUGCUUCCUUGAAAGGGAAAAAAUACUAAAUUGAACUAUAGGGUGAAAAUUGUGGGGUGGAAAAGCGAUUUUUUCCACCAUUUUACCGCUUAUUAAAUUAGAAGAUACAUUUUCACACGUAUUGAUUUGCCAUUUAUGCUUCUUGUCGCCUCCACUGAGUGUGCAUUAUUGAUGAACUACCACCAAAGGUGAAAUUAAUAUACACUCUUCUGGACAAUUCUUCCAAUUGAUUGUAUCUUGCACAAAAAAAAUCAUAAAAUCACGUUCGUUCAAUUAAAAGUUGUUGCAUUAAAAAAAAAAACUUUCUAUAGAAUAGGCAAAAAAUACGUCAUAAAUGAUUAACACCCAUGUAGUGCAAAAUGUUCACGUCGGGAUCAAUUUUACCCCCCAUAACUCAGUAAAAAUAGACAAGAGAAAAAAAAUCAGUGAAUAAAAAAAAAACACAAUUAAUUCGUUUGUGUGAUAACAAUGAUGAUAUAAAAUGCUGAAAUUCACGUGAGACUUUAAUAUAAUGCCAUGUGUAAUGCGAUACGGAAAAUUCGGGAUUAUCCCAUUCUCAGCAACAUAAUUUAUGAGUGUUUAUCGUGGAAAUAAAUUUUGAGGCAGAAAAGGGACCGAAAAAGCACACAAAACAUCACAAAUGAAUUGCCAAAAAAAUCCCUCUGAAUCAAUUAAACAGAAAGAAUAAAUGAAAUGUGAUUAAAUGUGAAGUUCAUAAUUCACCCUCAAUUCUAAACCCUUCUUCCGAAUCUCUCCCCCUUUUUUCCUCUCUAAAAUUUAUUCAAGAGCAAUAAUCUCGCAACUGCUCUCUUAAUGUGUCUGCCUUUAUUUACGAGUAAUCACACCACACAGUCGGAAUUGUUAUUGCCACAAAAAACGAGGAACCAAAAGGAAGGAAAAUGUGGAACUUGGCACUAUUCGUCGGUGGACUUCUUCUUCUAUGGAGUACACCAUUUGUCUCCAGCUACUUAAAUGUGUUCAUCAAUCAAAAAGAAAUGAAGAAAUUAAUGGGACUCGAUGCUGAAUUAUUUUACGUUCAUGAAGGAGUGGUUAAUACAUAUGCAAUGCUUUUCGUGGUUCCCGUUCCAGCAAAUGUAAAUGACUUGGAGUUUUCUUGGCAAAGCCUUGUCGAACAUCCGCUUUCCUACUCCAUUAACAUUGAGUAUGCCACAGACUUGGAAGCACUCUUGCCACCAGAAUUGAGUAUACCAGCAAGGGGAUUUGUUCCCAGAGUACUGGACACUUUCACAGUUCAUUUGCCGUGCUCCGGAAAGGAAUCUGAGGAGAUACCAAUAGCCAUUAAUCUUCAUAUCCGGGCGCCUUCGCGUCGCAACGACACUCGCCUCAAUUUCAAGCGCAAUAAGAUCUGCCUCAAAGGACUCAACUCCGUAUCCCCAUCACCAGCGAAGGCUCCAUCUCAGACCUCAGCUCUACUUGGGGCUGUUGCAUGUGCUCUUGGUCUUGUCCUUGUGAUUGGUCUCAUCGCCAGUGCCAUGUACAUAAGGGCCAGAAAACAGAUCCGACAAGAUUCUCUCCACAACAGCUUUACUACAGCGGCAUACGGCAGCAAUCAGAAUGUAUUCAUCCGGCUGGAUGCUGUGGGACGCCCGGCGAGCAUCAACAGCGACUCAUACGCAACUAUCACCAGUCUCAAUAAAUUUCCACUGACGGAAUCGAAGAAAAACUGGCUCGGCAAACCAUCAUCACCAUCACCAUAUGCAACUGCUCUUCUCGCCCUUCCGCAAUCACAAGACAUAGCCGAAACAAUCUACUCCAAACCCGAAUCUCUCUGUCCGUCUCGAGUCUCCUACUAUGCAUCUUCUCAAUUGACUCAGAUUUGCAGCCUGUCGACGCCGCGAAGUUUUCAUAGUAAUGUGUUCGACCCAAAGGACAAACUCCGCCGAGUUGCCGUGCCCCAGGGAACUAUCCAGUGCCGGGAUGUCAUCCAGGAGGGUACAUAUGGGCGUAUCUACAGUGGACUCCUCCAGAAUGCAUUGACUGGAGAGGCACAUGAAGUACUCGUAAAGACUGUUGUAGAUGGUGCUUCUUUGACACAAGUUGCCUUUUUACUGACUGAAGGUUCUAUUCUCAUGGGCAUUUCCCAUUCAAACUUGCACAGUCCCAUUGCGGCGUGCAUGGAGUUGCCAGGACCACCUCAAAUUGCCUACCCGUGGCCGUUAAAUGGGAAUCUCAAACUAUAUCUGCAGAAUAGUAGGGAAAAUUCAAAUCCACCAAGCACGCAUCAAUUAGUAGAGUUUGGACUGCAAAUCACAAGGGGAUUGGCCCAUCUACACUCUAUGGGAAUUCUCCAUCGCGAUGUUGCCACACGGAAUUGUGUCAUUGACGGAGAUAUGAAUGUGAAAAUCUGCGAUAGUGGUUUGUCCCGAGAUCUAUUCCCAGAUGAUUAUCAUUGCUUAGGUGACAAUGAAAAUCGACCUGUGAGGUGGUUAGCUCUGGAGACACUCCAGAAGAAGCUCUUCGUAAUAUCCAGUGAUAUUUGGAGUUUAGGGGUUCUUAUGUGGGAACUUACAACUCUUGCAGCAAUGCCAUAUGAGGAAGUUGAUCCUUUUGAGUUAGAGGCCUAUCUUAGGGAUGGUUAUCGAUUGUCUCAACCUGUUAACUGUCCUGAUGAAUUCUACACUGUGAUGUCGUGUUGCUGGCUCCAAGACCAUGCUCAGCGUCCAUCAUUUCCACAACUCAUUGCAUAUUUGCAUGACUUUCACGCGGAUUUAGAAAAAUACAUCUAAAAGACACAUUAAAUUGUAGUCAUGAGAAAUGCACAAGGAUUUUUAUCAAUAGAAAAAAAAGACAACCAUAAUAUAUUUCAUGUAUCUAUGAUAUUACUAUGUAAUACGAUGUUGUAACUUCCAAAAUAACCCAUCAAUUCUUCACAUCGUACCAUUUAUCAACUAAUCACUGCCAUAUCUUAACUCAGUACACUUAAAAUAAAAAUAAUCUUUCCUCCAAAAAAAAAAAGUUAAAGAAACAACCAAACCAAAGAGCAUUUUUGGAAGACAAUAAGUCGUUAAUUUAAUGAAAAGUUCAGAGAAAUAUGUAAUUUUAAAAGUGAAGUUAUAUCAAAAUGAAUGGGAAAUUGAUAUUUUCGUGAAUUUUAAUUAAUUUCUAUUUGGUAUAUUUAUUCUUAAAGAAGAAAAUGUUUGUAAAAUUUACGUCUUUCGGUAUUUGGUGAAUCUGGGUCUCUCUGUAUUAUGAUUAUAAUUGGCCAAAAAUAUGUUUUUUUUUCUGUAAUUUCAAUGGAUAAAUCUGUAAAAAAAAGACGAAUAACUUUCUGUCUAAAUGUAUCAAAGAAAAAUCACAAUUAAACAUUUCUGUCUAAAAAGAAACUACCAAAGAAAAAGACGUUGUGUUCAUUGGAAUGUUAACUGGGUGUUAAAAUUGAAUUAUAUUAUUAUUAAAUGUGAACCCGCAUAUAAAGUCUACAAUGAAAUGGAUAGUAUCUCAUAUUAAAUAUGUAUUUUUAACAAUA